UAUAGGGCUGUGAAUUCAAUCACUCCUUCACAUCACAAAAUUUUAUGAUUUCUGUUUAGUUCAUGGCUUCUGCUUCAACAAGCUCAGACCUCAUCUGCCAUUGCGAAUCUUCCUCCAAUCGCGACCUGUACUGAAAGGAAUUGCAGGAUUUGAAUCUAAACCCUAAUUGCCCCUGCUGUUUCGGCCGCAAGUUUGAAUCUUUAGCACCGAAUCUCGGAUUUGGACUCUGUUUUUUUUUUUAGCUGGAAUAGUUGUUGUGAUUGUUGGAAGUGAAGAAAUCGGAAAUGGAUAGAUCGAGAUCUAAGAGAUACUAUUAUGACCAGGACUAUGAAUCUGAAACCCUACACUCGCGGAGCAAGCCUCGCUACGGAAACAAUUCACACGGUGGUGGCGGCGGCGGAGGUGGAGGAGGAGGAGGUCACCAUUAUCCUCCGAGCUACCGUCGCUCCUCAUCCUCCUCUGGCGGAGGUGGAGGCAGCGGCGGUGGUGGAGGAGGAGGGAGAAAGCUGCCGGAUCAGUUGAUGGUGACUACUAGCUACCGGAUUCUAUGCCACGAUGUGAAGGCAGGGGGAGUGAUUGGGAAAUCAGGGUCUAUAAUUAAGGCGAUUAGGCAGCACACUGGGGCGUGGAUUAAUGUGCACGAGCUGGUGCCUGGGGACGAGGAGAGGAUUAUCGAGAUCUCUGACACACGGAGGAGGGACCCGGACGGGAGGAUGCCGUCGUUCUCGCCUGCGCAGGAGGCGUUGCUCUUGAUACAUGAGAGGAUUCUCGAGACUGAAGGGGGAGGAGGAGGGUAUGGGCAUAAUGAUGGAUUUGUGGAGGAUGAGAAUGAUGAGUAUGGUGGGAGAGGAGGUGGUGGCGGUAAUAGAGUUGUGACGAGGCUGGUGGUAUCGCGGAUGCACGUGGGGUGUUUGCUUGGGAAAGGGGGGAAGAUAAUUGAGCAAAUGAGGAUGGAGACCAAGACACAUAUUAGGAUUUUACCGCGAGAUCAUACUCUGCCUCGUUGUGUUUCCAUGUCUGAGGAGAUUGUUCAGGUGGUUGGUGACGCGCAUGCUGUGAAAAGCGCUCUAGCAAUCAUUUCUUCUCGUUUGAGGGAAAGCCAACAUCGUGAUAGAAGCCAUUUUCAGAACAGAGUACAAUCACCUGACCAUUUCUAUCCUCCAGAUGAUGAUUUCCAUGGCAACAACAGACGAUCAUCUGCAGAAGGGCCUAGCUUUGGAAAUAGGUAUUCUGGUGGUUCCAGGAACAACAACUAUCCCCCACGUUCAUCUGGAUAUGCCCAUGAGUCCGGACCUGCUAGUGUAUCUGAUACUACUCAAUCAUUCCCCAGCGAGGAACUUGUGUUUCGCAUACUAUGCCCUGUUCGUAAGGUUGAUUAUAUUGUUGGGGAAACGGAUGGAAUCAUUGAUUUGCUUCACAAUGAAAUAGGCGUCAAUAUUGAUGUAUCUAGUCCAGUUGCUGGAUUGGAUGAACUUGUAAUAAUCAUAUCUUCUGAUGAGGGUCCUGACGACGAGUUGUUUCCUGCCCAAGAAGCUUUAUUACAUAUACAAACUCGCAUUGCUGAUCUUAUUCCAGAAAAAGAAAAUAUUGUUACAACUCGGCUACUUUUACAAUCAGAUGAAAUUGGUUCUUUGGCUGACAUAGGUAAAAUCAAUGGUGCUAGUGUCGAGAUUCUGCCAAGAGAACAACGUCCGGUGGGUGUAUCAGGGAUGGAUGAGAUUUUACAGAUAGUUGGGGAGAUCAAAGCUGCUCGAGAGGCUCUUGUGGAGGUGACAUCAAGGAUAAGGAGUUACACAUAUCGCGAGUUUCAUGAGAAGGAUGAACCUGUCUCUCAUACUUCUGCUCCUAACCCUGGGAAUGGUGGUGUGGAACCUGAGGCACCUUCAAGAAACGCCGUACCUCAAUCAUUCGAAAUGCAUGCUGGAAAUGGUCCUACUCUUUCUGCCGCACAUAGUUUUUCAGCCGCUACAACAUCUCAAAAAGUAAAGGAUGUGGCCUCCACACCCUCAAAUGCUGAUUCAUGGAAGCAAAAUGCGACUGAGCGACGCGAAGAUCCUCAACCCACCAUAUUGAAUAGAAUAGCCGUACCACUCGUGACAAGAAGCAUACUGGAAGUUGUCAUUCCGCCCCAUGCAGCGUCUGAACUAGCCAAGAAAUCAAGAAAGCUCACUUUGAUCAGUGAGCUAUCGGGAGCAACUGUGAAACUGGUAGACAACGGACCAGAAGCAGCAGAGAAGGUAAUUCAAAUUUCAGGUACUCCAGAGCAAGCAGAGAGAGCUCAGAGUUUACUUCAAGGAUUCAUCUUGAGCACCGAAGAAGAUGGAUAGGCGCGACCAGUGUAAGGUGGGACGCAGCAACAGUUUUCGUGGAUGAUCUGAGUUUUAAGGAUAUGAUAAGUGACCAGUUGUUUGGAACAUAAUGUUAUUCAUUUAAUGUAUCUGACUUUGUUGUAUGUUGUGGAAAUGUAAGCAUUAUUUGUUGUUGUUUUCA